AUGGACAACAGUUUUGCGUUUGAAGGAAACAAUAUCAACGGGAGUUCACUCCAGGAUAACUUUGAAAAUAUUUUCUCAAACAUUGAUGAUCAGACACCGUUUUCGCUGACUGGUAGCCAAUACCAGACUGGGUUCCCACUCACUGGGCUUGACGACAUCAAUACCCCACCUUCAACAGAUGCCUUAAACAUUUCAGAACCACGUGCAGGGUUCAACACAAUGGGGGCCAUAAAUGACAUUGCACAGGAGAAUGGUCAAGGUUUCCAAGACCUACUGGUUAGUGCGCCAUUUUUCGACAUUCCCAUGGAUUCAACCACAAGUGCACAACAGUAUCGAUUCACAGAGGCACAUCCUUCAGUUUCAUCCAGCAUCCAAUCGACGCCGUUUGACAAUUCUUCGCCAAUGGAGAACUACGGUGCAGUAUUUAAUCAAACACAACAGGAGCUGCCAGGAAGAUCCACCGAGCUGUUCCGCCGUGGUAGUACCUCCAUGUUGGUACCCCCAAAGAAGUCAUCUCCCAAGGUCACCACGUUAUCCCCUGGUUUAGACGCUGUGUCUGCUCAAACCAAACCAGUGGAAACUAGGGGUAGAAAGCGCCGUUCUGGGCCCAAAUCCAAGAAUUCUUUGGAUUCACGAUUGUCGUUGGUCAGGCUUGGUGAAGUAUUGAAUACAUCUUCACUUGCAGAAACCAUUGAGAUUGAGAAAUUUGUGCUUGAUAUAUUCGAAAACACAUUGGGCUUCCCAAUGGGCAGACGCACAUGGAUCCGUGAUACCAGUGACGAAUACCGUGAAAAAAUGUUGAAUGCUCUACAUGAGUUAGUGGCACCAACGUAUCCAAAGAUGACAAGAUCACUGUUGGAGACAGUUAUUAAGAGAGCAACUUAUUCGAUGAUGCAGGGGCGUUUGAGAAAGGAGAGAAGGGCAGCAUCUAAACAGGCCAAAAAGCAGAUGAAUAAACCCGACAAGAAGACCGGUACAAAGAAUGAAAACAAGGUGACAACCACAGAGAAGCCUGAAGUUGAACAAGAAGAACAUAUGGAAGAUAGCCUGGAAGAUCUUGUUGUUUCGCUUGAUGAUUUACCCUCCUUCGCAUAUGACUAUGAAGUUGACGGUCCUUCCCUGUGA